CAUGUGACAGAUGUCAAAAUAAACUAACCUCAACGAAAAAAUUCUAACCUUAAUUUAUCAAAGUGCAAAGAUGAAAAUAGUUUCAAAAUGAAAUUAUCGAAUAUAUUUAAUUAUUCGCGUCGAACGAAGUGUUUGUAUCAACAUUUUACCUCUUUAGAAGUUCCGAAGUUACAAUUAAUCCAAAAAAGGCACGUUUUCAUUGAUGGUCUUGUCACAAAGGGUGGUUUUGUAACUAAUAAACUAUCUUCAAUCAAUAAUAAUAAUACAAUUAGUAAUAAACGAUACACUCAUGAUGAUUAUGAGUUUGAUUUCGAAACGGAAUUAAAAAUAUCAAACGAAGUUUAUGAAGAAAUAUAUCAACAACCCGAUUAUGAGAGGCAAAUUUUGUAUCCCGAUUUAAAGGAUGAGUUAAUGAAACAGAUUAAUGAAUGUGCGUCGAUUGGGGCUGCUUUAAGUAUUGUAAAAAAUCAUAAAGAUCAACUUAUGGUGAGCCAUUUAACUCAGUUGGUUGUAACGUUUUGGGAUUUACAACGAAUGUAUCAUCAUGUUAAUAUCUCAAGAAAUAAUGCGUAUGUGGAUGAAACGAUUUUUUUACAAAUGAAUACUGAUUAUACGAAUUUGUUGUUUGAAAAUGAUGUUUUUAAAGAAUUUGUGAUGUUGAUUAAUGAUAAUAGGAGUAAGUUUAACGUGGAGCAAUUGAGUUAUUUAGUUUAUUUUUUGAAUAAAAUCGGUUUCUGCAUUAAAAGCGAAAUGUUUCAGAAUUUAAUUAUUGAGUUUAAUAAGAAGUUUUUUACCGAAAACUUUUCUAUGGACAAUUUAUCAAGAUUUAUGUCUGGAUUAUAUAAAAAGGAUGAUUUAUCUUUUUAUUAUGCUACUCAACAAUAUAUUCCUAUUAUUUAUAAAGAAAUUGAUAACAUUGUUACUGUUGAUGACUUAGUAAAUAUAAAUAAAUGUUUAGCUACAAUAGCAGUUCUUGUACCAAAUGAAAUUCUUUUAAAAUACAAGAAAAAAGUGUAUGAACUUAUCAUUAAAGGACAUUUAAAUCAUAAUAAUUAUAAAUGUAUCAUUAGAACUGCAACAUUUUUAAACUUUCCUUUCUGGAAACAUGAAAAUCUUCAAUUAUUAGUAGAUUGUUUAAAAUUGUUAAAAGGCCACGUGCAUUUAUUAAACGUUCAAGAAUUACUAAUGGUUUAUGAUGUUUUUAAUAAAUUACACGAACCCGGUGAUAUAUUAAAUGAACUACAAAGAACAGCGAGUAAAUAUUUACUACAACUAGAAGAAGAUUUAUCCCCACUCUUAGAUAUAAGAUUAAGAUUAUUAGCCUGCGUUAUGUAUUUUACAUCCCCAUCUCAACGAUUAAACAUUCGCAAAACCAUCCGAAAAUACCUAGAUUAUGAUUUAGAUGGAUGCACAAUGUUGGAGUUACAAAAAAUCAUGUUAAUCACCAAAUCGAACGAUCUUAAUUUAUGUAAAACAAUUUGGAAUAAAAUUUUAAUCUGUUUAGAUGACGAAAAUUUUGUCAAAUCGAAUUUAUUAAGAGUUUGUCACAGUUAUCUUAAUUUUGAAGAAAUAACCGAUAAUUUUCGACACGUUGAAUGCGAAAGAAAACUUUUAAGUCUUUUAAAAACGGAAUUUAACGAAGGAUUAAUCGGACAUACACCUUGUUAUUUUUCAAGUAUCGCUUCGUUUCAUUUAAUUUACUGUCGUGACAUUGAAAUGAUCAAUAAAGUUAUCGAUCGCAUGGAAGAAUUUAAAGAUCAAUUUAACCCAAUCGACUGUAUAAAUAUUUCACAAAGCUUAGAAUACGCUAAAGAAGAAAAUGUAUUGUUAACGAAACAUUUAGUGGAAAGGAUUAAUAACGUUUUGGAUCACGUUACAAAUAAUUUCAAGGAAAACGCUAAUAGUUCGGAAUCUAUUUUACUGUUAAAAGCAGCUAUGGCUCGAGAAAAUAUCCAAAAUUAUACUGAUUUAUGGAAAAAAUUCGAUGAAAAUGUAUCUUCACAAACUAUUUUAGGACUAUGUUAUUGCUUAUACACAACAGGUACUUUAUUACCGAAUAUUAUGGAUAUAAUGACGGAUUAUGUUGUUAAAAAUGGAAUGAAUCUUCUUGGAUUCAACGUCGAAAGAAUUUUGUUUUUAUGUUAUUUUUUAGGAUAUAUUCCCAAGAAUUCAGAAAAGUUUUUUGAGGCAACCACCAACGUUUUAAUAAGAGACCAAGAAAGAUUGGGCGGACUCUCCUAUUUACAAGCAUGUUUAGCUUUAGCCUUUUUUAAUGCUUUACCUCAAUCAUUUAUCAAACAAAUUUUUAACGAACAAUUUUUAGAGAAAAUCGAUAUCGAAUUAGAAACUUGUUAUUUUAAGUCAAAUUUUAAGGAUACAUACCCAUUGAGAGUUCGUCAGUGUAUGAUGCGAUUAAAUCGAUCUGUUUCCCUUGAUUAUCCCGAAGCAAACGUCCCGUGGUUUCAUCAAAAAUACGUCCAAUUAAGAAAUGAGAAACGUGAUAAUGAUCGUGUUUAUCAUAAAACCGUAAUGGACAGCCUUUUUCAAUUAGCGAAUUACAAAGACAUCAUAAGCAGUAAUGUUACACUUCCAUAUGGGUAUAGAGCUGAUUUUGUGGUGUAUUUAGAUAAUAAAAGGCAAUUAACAAACGUUGAAAACUCAACUACAAGAGUUGCAAUUUUUAUUUUACAACCUCGUGCUUAUACCAAAGGCGUUGUUCAAUUCCGAGGAAGCGCACAAAUGAAGAUUCGUCACUUAGAAAUGUUAGGCUAUAAAGUCGCAAUUGUGAAUCUCAACGAAUGGAAGGCAUUGAUUUAUGGAGAGGAAAGAUUAGAGUAUUUAAAUGAUGUGUUAGGUGUGAAAGACGUUGAUUUAAAUACAGGGUUUUUAACAAACAGGUGAUGUUUAGAAAAAACGCUUAAAAAUUAAAAUUAAAUGAUUGUAUAAAUAAAUAAAGACUGUUUAGAUUAAAUUUUUUAUCAUUAAAA